AUGGCACUCAAGUUAGAUUUGGACAUAAGUGCUGCGCGUAAUUCUGUUGUAUUGGAAUGGAAUAAGCCACCGGAAUUGACGGAUGCUCUUUAUCAGUUGGAAGUGAAGGAAAAAGGGCGAAAUUGGGUGGUUAUUUACAAGGGCUUUGGAACUCGUUUUCAAGUAAACAAUUUAUCUGGAGGUUUCAGUUACCAAUUCAGAUUGAUCGUGAAGCCUCGAGGUGCAAUGCCAAUCGUAGUAACUGCAAGCUGCGUUAUUAAAAAUGAACCUCCAUCGAUUACACAGUUCCAACAAAGUAUUAACCAGAAUUUACCGGCACUUUUUCGCGAAUUUCUGGACACAAGACCCAAGGACAUAAAUAUCUAUAACGAUGUCGGCGAUUGUGCAUUGUCCAGGGCUUGCGCAGCUGGCCAUGCGGAUAUGGUCCUUACGUUAAUACAAAAUGGCGCCGAUGUGAAUUUACCAAAUAUGUUUAUGAAAAAAACUCCACUAAUGACUGCUGCCUUUCAUGGACGUUGUGACAUAAUUAGAAUUUUAGCGCACAACAAUGCGGACGCUAAGAUGAGAGAUAUAAAUAACAAAACAGCUCUCCAUUACGCGGUAGAUGGAUCUCAAAAUUGUGCCGUCGAAAUGCUUUUGACAAAAAAAUGGAGCGAUGUAAACGCUAUCGACUCGAAAGGUUGGAGUCCACUCAUGAGAGCUGUGAUAGUAUUUAGUAACGCUGAUUUACUUAGAACGCUUAUAGACAAUGGAGCAGACCUUCACAUGAAAGAUAUAACUGGACAAGACGUUUGGCAAUUGGCUCAUACAACAAACAAUUGGGAAGCAUUAAAAGUGCUUUCAUCAUAA